GUGACUUCGUAACUGUGAUUGUCGGCCUCAGUGCAAAACGUUUGAAUAAAUUCUAAACGGAGGUUGAGGAUUCCGGAGAACGAUGCCUGCUUAUAAACUGACUUACUUCAACGGAAGGGGCUCUGCUGAGAUAGUCCGUCUGGUGUUCGCUGCCGGCGGGAUAGAGUACGAAGAUGUUCGGCUUGAACGGGAUCAGUGGCCCGACCUCAAACCAAGUGAGCCACACACUCCAAUGGGCCAAGUUCCGAUCCUUGAGGUUGACGGGACUAUGCUGUGCCAGAGUAACAGUAUCGCACGUUACGUCGCCAAACAGGCAGGCUUGGCUGGUAAGACCCCUCUGGAGCAGGCGCGAGUGGACAUGAUUAUGGACGGUAUGGAAGAGAUGGGGAGCAAAGGCUAUGCCGCGUACUUUGAGAAGAACGAAGACAUAAAGGCUGAAAGGACGAAAGAGUAUGAGGACACUUUCCUGCCCCAGUUCUUUACCUUCCUCAAUAAGCUGGUCGGCGACAGUGGGCACUUUGUUGGUAGUGAGCUAACGUUGGCUGACAUCACCUUCUUCAACAUGGCGACUUUGGUGGGAACCUGGAUGAAAGUGCCGAAUGUGGACGAGUUUUCCGGCCUGAAGAAGGUCAUGAACCACGUGACCUCCAACCCUGGGAUAGCCAAGUGGCUGAAAGAACGUCCAGAGACGCCAUUUUGAAUUCGAUCUGGUAGAAUAAGCGACUCCAUUCCUUUUACAUAAUUGAAAUCAAAAUUAAGGUACCCGCUCAUCUUUCCUUGUAAAUAUAUAGGGGACCGGUUUCAAUCAAUCAAUCAGGUGUUUUUGACUGUAUUUCGGAAUUCAUCGAUUUUUAGCUUACUCGUUGAGUUUAUUUUGGAAUAAAACUAGCCCAGUAUGAUCACAAAAGUCCCAUACAUUAUGGUCAGCACAAUUUGGUUGCUUGCUGGAUACCUUUACUAUCCCGGGCGCCCCAUGUUCCAAUGCCGGGGGGUGGGGGGUGGUGCCCGUUGGGUACCAUAACUAUCAUUGCUAAACCAAAGAGAAUGUUUUAAGUAAAACAUGUAUUGAUAAUAGAAAUAGUGAUUACCUUAGCACAGUCACAAUCUGUACUGUUUACUUUUUCACAUUACAGCAAAUACAAAAUGCGAAAGAAAACAAUGAUAAUUAAAGAUAAUAAUACAAAUGUCGAAGAAAGGCAUUGUAUGUUGGCCAUGCUGGAAGAUUUAACCGCUGUAAACAAUGUCGCCAAAUUGGUUCUGAACAUGUCAAUUUAGGUACCAAAUUUUUUUGUGUGCCAAAUCUGAUGUCCUUGUCUUAAGCAGAUAAAAAAAAUCAAAUGAACAUUGUAUGUAUGAAGGUUAAUAUCUACUGUCACUAUCUUGAGCAGAUGAAAAAAUUUAACAUUUUAUGUAUGAAGAAUUAAAUCUGCUGUCAGUGUCUUUAGCAGAUAAAAAAUUGAACAUCUUAUGUAUGAAGAAAAAAUCUGUUGUCACUAUCUUUAGAAGAUAAAAAAAAUUAAACAUCUUAUGUAUGGAGAAUAAAAUCUGCUGUCACUAUCCUAAUAUAAGCAGAUAGAAAUUUAAGAUCUUGUGUAUGAAGAAUAACAUCUGAUGCCAUUGUCUUAAGCAGAUGGAACAUUGAGCAUCGUAUAUGAGAAGAAUAAAGUACUAUCUUUAGUAGAUAAAAAGAUUGAACAUCUUAUGUAUGAAGAAUAAAAUCUGUUGUCACUAUCUUUAGUGGAUGAAAAAUGAACAUCUUAUGCAUAAAGAAUAAAAUCUGCUGUCACUACCUUUAGCAGUUAAA